UGCUGUGUGACACGGUUUGGGGGGCUGCUGCUGCUGCUGUCCGUAUCAUCGUAGUGAGGAGGUUGGGGGGCGCUGCGCACACCACGUCCCGCCGCGGCCCACAGCCAUGUUCUCCUGAGCCAGUCCCGGGCCAGACUCACUCUGCGGGGAGCUAUGAGUUUUCGUGUUCCCAAACUCCCCCGUCAGACUCUGUGGGAAGUGAAAGUUGUACGUGUUACUGGUUUCAGAUGUCUGCACUUCCCUCUGUGUCAAUUGCAGCCCUCUCUGCCUCCUGGCACCAUCUAGGAAGCUAAACGGGGCACAACCAUGGCUCAAUUUGCAGCUGCGCCAUUUGGGGGCAAUUUGGACAUCUGGGCAAUAACUGUGGAGGAAAGAGCAAAACAUGACCAGCAAUUCCACAGUCUCCAGCCAGCCGGGGGCUACAUCACCGGAGACCAGGCCAGGAAUUUCUUCCUCCAGUCCGGCCUACACCAACCAGUCCUGGCACAGAUAUGGGCCUUGGCUGACAUGAACAAUGAUGGUAGAAUGGAUCAGCUGGAAUUCUCCAUAGCUAUGAAACUGAUCAAACUGAAGUUGCAAGGAUACCCUCUGCCCGCCACUCUCCCUGCUGCCAUGCUGAAGACACUUGUCGCCAUCCCCAACCCCGCAGGCUUUGGUAUGAGUGCUAUUGGCGGCAUGCCUCCCCUCGCAGCUGUAGUCCCCGUGCCAAUGCCUCCUAUUCCAGUAGUAGGGAUGUCUCCUCCUUUAGUGUCCUCUGUUCCUGCCUCGGCAGUGCCACCCCUGGCUAAUGGAGCGCCGGCCGUAAUCCAGCCUCUUCCUGCUUUUGCUCACUCGGCCACAUUGCCAAAGAGUUCGUCAUUCGGCCGGUCCGGUGCCGUCACCCAACUAAGCACUAAACUUCAGAAAGCACAGUCGUUUGAUGUGGCUAUCCCGCCUCCUGUGGCAGAGUGGGCUGUACCGCUGUCUUCAAGGCUAAAGUAUAGACAGUUGUUCAACAGCCAUGACAAAACCAUGAGCGGACAUUUAACAGGUCCUCAGGCGAGAACUAUACUUAUGCAAUCUAGUUUACCACAAGCCCAGCUGGCUACCAUAUGGAAUCUUUCAGACAUCGAUCAGGAUGGGAAGCUGACGGCUGAAGAGUUCAUCCUGGCCAUGCACUUAAUAGAUGUUGCCAUGUCCGGCCAGACGCUGCCUCCUGUCCUGCCUCCGGAGUACAUCCCACCAUCGUUUAGAAGAGUUCGCUCUGGUAGCGGCAUAUCUAUGAUGAGCUCUGUGUCUGUCGACCAGCGUUUACCUGAAGAGCCAGCAGAGGAGGAGCCACAACCAGUAGACAAAAAACUGCCUGGUAACGUGAGUUUUGAAGACAGAAAGCGGGAGAACUUUGAGCGUGGGAACCUGGAGCUGGAGAAGCGAAGGCAGGCACUGCUGGAGCAGCAGCGUAAGGAGCAGGAGAGACUGGCCCAGCUGGAACGGGCCGAGCAUGAGCGGAAGGAACGAGAACGCCAGGAGCAAGAGCGCAAGCGGCUGCAGGAGCUGGAGAAGCAGUUAGAAAAGCAGAGGGAACUAGAACGUCAGCGAGAAGAGGAGCGGAGGAAAGAAAUAGAAAGACGAGAGGCCGCAAAGCGGGAACUUGAACGGCAUCGACAACUCGAAUGGGAGCGAAAUCGGCGCCAGGAACUCCUGAAUCAAAGGAAUAAGGAACAAGAGGAUAUUGUUGUUUUGAAGGCAAAGAAAAAGACUCUUGAAUUUGAGUUGGAAGCUCUGAAUGAUAAAAAGCAUCAGCUGGAAGGAAAACUUCAGGACAUUCGAUAUCGGCUGACAACGCAGCGGCAGGAAAUAGAAAGUACAAACAAGUCUCGGGAGCUGAGGAUCGCAGAAAUCACACACUUGCAGCAGCAGCUUCAGGAGUCUCAGCAGCUGCUCGGAAAAUUGAUUCCUGAGAAACAAUCCCUAAAUGACCAACUCAAACAGGUUCAACAAAACAGUUUGCACAGAGAUUCCCUCCUUACACUAAGAAGAGCUUUGGAAGCCAAGGGAAUUGGUCGUCAGCAGCUCAUAGACCAGCUGGAUGAGGUUGAGAAAGAAACUCGAGCAAAGCUUCAAGAGAUUGAUGUCUUUAAUAACCAGCUAAAGGAACUGCGGGAAAUGCAUAGCAAACAGCAGCUGGAGAAGCAGAAAGAUAUUGAGGCCGAGAGGAUGAAGGAACAAGAACGGCGGAUUCUGGAGCUGGAGAGGCAUAAGGAGGAGGCUCAGAGGGAGUUACCCGAGAGGAAUAAUGACAGUGCAGCACUUAUCAGGCCAGACAGAGAGGGAAAACAGCCGUAUGGAGCACGCUUACUUAAUGGAGUUAGCUUUACCAUCAAAAGCAUGUUCUGCAUGUAUAGGAAGGCACACGAGCAGGAAAAACAGUGGCAGGACCGUGUGAAACAGGAGGAGCCAGCACGGCACAAACUAUUGCAAGAUGAGGAAAAGCAGAAGAGGGAAGAACCUGUAAAGAAGUUUGAGGAGGAGCAAAGGCCUGAGAUCCAAGAAAAAGCCAGCAAACCUUUCCAGCAGCCUCCUGAGUCGCUGAAACCAGGGGCACGCGCCCCGUGGACAGUCUUUUCAGAAAAAGGACCACUAACAAUCUCUCAGGGGGAUGUGAAGGUCGUGUAUUACCGGGCACUUUAUCCUUUCGAUGCAAGAAGUCAUGAUGAGAUCACCAUCCAGCCAGGAGAUGUUAUCAUGGUGGAUGAGAGCCAAACUGGAGAGCCCGGAUGGCUUGGGGGUGAACUUAAAGGGAAGACGGGCUGGUUCCCUGCCAAUUACGCAGAGCGAAUGCCUGAGAGCGAGUUUCCGAUUACAGUAGAGCAGCCAGAAGACACUACAGCCAAAACCACUGUCCAUGUGACACCGUCCACAGCCACAUCCGUAGCUUUUACCGAUACAACUACAACCGCCAACAACUGGGCAGACUUCAGUUCAACGUGGCCAACUAAUAACAAUGAGAAAGCAGAAACUGACAAUUGGGAUUCGUGGGCCGCUCAGCCUUCACUGUCUGUACCCAGCGCUGGCCAGAUGCGGCAGCGUUCCGCUUUUACCCCCGCCACCGUAACGGGCUCUUCUCCUUCUCCUGUACUGGGGCAGGGUGAAAAAGUAGAGGGACUCCAAGCACAAGCCCUGUAUCCUUGGAGGGCCAAGAAGGACAACCACCUAAAUUUCAACAAAAGUGACAUUAUUACUGUUUUGGAACAGCAGGACAUGUGGUGGUUUGGUGAGGUCCAGGGGCACAAGGGCUGGUUUCCCAAAUCUUAUGUGAAACUCAUUUCAGGUCCCCUAAGGAAGUCUACGAGCAUUGAUUCAACAUCUUCAGAGAGCCCGGCAAGCCUGAAGAGAAUUUCAUCACCAGCGUUCAAACCUUCUGUCCAAGGAGAAGAGUACAUAGCCAUGUACACGUAUGAGAGCAACGAACAAGGCGACCUGACCUUCCAGCAAGGAGAUAUGAUUGUAGUCAUUAAGAAAGACGGGGACUGGUGGACGGGGACAGUGGGAGAUAAAACUGGCGUCUUCCCUUCUAACUAUGUCAGGCUCAAAGAUUCAGAGGGAAUGGGCUCAGCAGGGAAAACAGGAAGCCUUGGAAAGAAACCAGAAAUUGCCCAAGUUAUAGCCCCAUAUGCAGCUACUGGCCCUGAGCAGCUCACAUUGGCUCCUGGGCAGCUGAUUCUUAUUAGGAAGAAGAACCCUGGAGGCUGGUGGGAAGGAGAGUUACAGGCCCGAGGGAAAAAAAGACAGAUUGGAUGGUUUCCUGCCAAUUACGUUAAACUUUUGAGCCCUGGUACAAAUAAAAGUACGCCAACAGAACCACCUAAACCAGCAGUGUUACCGCCCACAUGCCAGGUUAUCGGGAUGUACGAUUACAUCGCACAGAACGACGACGAGCUGGCUUUCUCCAAAGGUCAAGUUAUCAAUGUGCUGAACAAAGAGGAUCCAGAUUGGUGGAAAGGGGAGCUGAAUGGCCACGUGGGUCUCUUCCCUUCCAACUACGUCAAGCUGACCACAGACAUGGACCCCAGCCAACAAUGGUGUGCGGAUUUACAUCUCCUGGAUAUGCUGAGUCCAAUAGAAAGAAAGAGGCAGGGCUACAUUCAUGAGCUGUUGGUGACGGAGGAAAAUUAUGUGAAUGACCUUCAGCUGGUUACGGAGACAUUUCAGAAGCCUCUGCUGGAAUCUGAGCUUCUGACGGAGAAAGAAUUGGCAAUGAUAUUUGUCAACUGGAAGGAGCUGAUCAUGUGCAAUAUUAAACUACUCAAGGCUUUGCGUGUCCGUAAAAAGAUGUCUGGUGAAAAGAUGCCGGUUAAGAUGAUCGGCGACAUAUUGACAGCUCAGUUGCCGCACAUGCAACCGUACAUUCGCUUCUGUAGCUGCCAGCUCAACGGCGCCGCCCUCAUUCAGCAAAAAACCGAUGAAGUGCCCGAGUUCAAGGAGUUUGUCAAAAGGUUAGCGAUGGAUCCUCGAUGUAAGGGAAUGCCGCUUUCCAGUUUCAUUCUUAAACCUAUGCAGAGGGUAACAAGAUAUCCCCUUAUCAUCAAAAAUAUUAUAGAAAACACCCCGGAGAAUCACCCGGAUCACAGCCACUUGAAGCACGCUCUGGAGAAGGCGGAGGAGCUCUGCUCCCAGGUGAACGAGGGGGUCCGGGAAAAGGAGAACUCUGACAGGCUGGAGUGGAUCCAGGCUCACGUGCAGUGUGAGGGCUUAUCCGAGCAACUGGUUUUCAACUCUGUGACAAACUGCCUGGGGCCCCGCAAGUUCCUGCACAGCGGGAAACUGUACAAGGCCAAGAGCAACAAGGAGUUAUACGGCUUUCUCUUUAACGACUUCCUCCUGCUGACACAGGUCAUUAAGCCGCUGGGAUCCUCGGGCACUGACAAAGUGUUCAGCCCCAAGUCCAACCUGCAGUACAAAAUGUACAAGACGCCUAUCUUCCUGAAUGAAGUGCUGGUGAAGCUUCCCACAGACCCAUCGGGGGACGAGCCCAUCUUCCACAUCUCUCACAUUGACCGGGUGUACACACUUCGUGCGGAGAGUAUUAAUGAGAGGACGGCAUGGGUGCAGAAAAUUAAAGCAGCCUCAGAGUUAUACAUAGAGACCGAGAAGAAGAAGAGGGAGAAAGCGUAUCUGGUUCGCUCUCAAAGGGCUACAGGCAUCGGGCGACUGAUGGUGAAUAUUGUAGAAGGCAUCGAAUUGAAACCCUGCAGGUCACAUGGGAAGAGCAAUCCGUACUGCGAGAUCACAAUGGGCUCCCAGUGUCAUAUCACCAAAACCAUUCAGGACACACUGAACCCCAAGUGGAAUUCCAACUGCCAAUUCUUUAUCAAAGACCUGGAGCAAGACGUCCUCUGCAUCACAGUGUUCGAGAGGGAUCAGUUUUCUCCAGACGACUUUCUGGGGCGAACGGAAAUCCGAGUUGCAGAUAUAAAGAAAGACCAAGGCUCAAAGGGCCCCGUUACGAAGUGUCUGCUGUUACACGAAGUCCCAACGGGGGAGAUAGUCGUCCGGCUGGACUUACAGCUGUUUGACGAACCCUAGGAAGAUUCGCACAACCCGCCUCCUUCUCCUCUCCUGUACCUUUACUGUAGGCCAAAGGGCCUUCCACGGUGGUUUGUCACCAUACCCGGAUCUGACAUCUCCGUUUUAUCAUCAGAGAUUUUUAAUUGGAAUUGCCAUUUUCUAAGAAAAUUUCUGUGUUUUGUAUGUGGGACUUCAUGUUAGAUUUUAGGGUAUCGUUUUCUGUUUCUGAAUACAGAUGACCUUUGCUGUGACACAUACAUAUAUAUAUAUAUAUAUAUAUAUAUAUAUAUAUAUAUAUAUAUAUAUAUUUAGAAGAUGUUCUGAAUUCCAUCACUAAUUUCGGUUUCAAGAGAAACUGUUACGUUCCAGGUUUGGGGAGGGUUUAUUGAAAGUUUAAGCAACGCUUGACUUUUUCACCUCUUAUUCCAACUAUCAGUCCCAGCAAUCCCUUCCGGCAGCUGGCAAGGUAUGCUGGAACUUGUAGUUCUACAAAAACUGGGGAGUCAUGGGUUGUCUGAUACAGUAGAGGGUAUUUGACCAAAAUAAAUCAGAGACCAAGACCAGAUAAGCAUUCAGUAAUUCCAAAUGACAAGGAACAAAUAGUUUUUCUCAUUUCCCAAAAUUCCCAGAAAUCUUUUAUCUAGUUGCAGUUUUACCCCGGGUGGUGGGAGAGAGAUGCGUUAUACAGGAGUGUGUUAACGGACAAUUGAGUUUAUUUCCCAAGCACCCUUCCUGCGUUAGCUUUCCCCAACACACUACUGGCAGGGUGCGUCCGAGUGGAGUUAGGGGCAAGACGACAGGUGACUGCGGUGUCUGGCUGUGACUAGGGAACCCGGCAGAUGCUGCAAAUGCCUUGUAGAGGGUAAAUAAGAAACAUUUGGGGUUUUUCAACUGAUCUCAUGAAAUAAAUGCAAUGAAAGCAUGUGAGUAGAAAGUUUAAAAAACAACGAAUCAGGUAUUUGCAUUCAUUAGACUGGUGACACUAGAUUGCUAAGAGCUGAAAUCCGAUUGGAUGCUGUGGGGAUUACAGUACAUCGCUGCUGCUUGAGCUGUUUUUUUAUAUAAGCACUUUGGUCAUCUACAUAUUUGCAUUAGGCUGAUCUUUAAAGAAAAUGUUAUUCCAAACGUUGUCGUUAAAUUAAUAUCUCCGUAUUGAUAAUAAGAUCAGUGAUUUAUCUUUUGCUGCUGUCACGGUAGAGGAACAAAGUGUCUGCGCGGAACCGAUGGCCGCCAGCUAACCGUUAUAAAUGCGGCCUUUCUGCACCGGCUUGUUAUAGUCAGCGAGUUAAUGGAGGGGGCUAUAAUAGCCCAAUAUGUAUAGUAACAAGUUCACGUGGUAAAGGUAGGCUGGAUACUCCUGUAGACGCUAUGCAUUAAAGCAACUUUACUAAGUGUUUUAUUUCUGCCACAAGGCAGCAGGAAAAUGAUGAUUUGCAACCUAUCAUAUUAAUUGGAUGAUAUGAAUUAAGUUUUAGUUUUACUCUAUAGCCAUUCCGGGCUAGCCACUAAUAGAUUUUAGACCUUUGUCCUUCUACUGACCUUUGAACAGCCUAUGUCAAUACAUACGUGUUGCGUGUCCCGGACAAUUUUAAAGUUUUUCGGCUCUAUUUUCCACUUAUGCAUUUGUUAGCACUUUCUUAAGAGGCAGUUUUGUAAUUUAUAUAUUCAUAUUAUACCAUAUAUAGUUUAUUUCCCCUUAGGUGGGCCGUAAACAUAUUGCCGGAAUGUAUUGUGAGCACAAACAGUCUUAUGUUUAUUUGAGUUCACCCGUAAGUGUCUGGCAUAGAUCUUUAUCCUUUCUGUAAUGGUGUGUACACACGGUGAGAGAUUUUCUUACGAUUUCGACUAUAUAGUCAAAAUCGUAAGAAAAUUUAGUUCAGAUCGCAAGGUGAAAGUCACCUUGCGAUGCGCGGUCGGCAUCGCAAGCCUAGAUAGACUGGGCAGGCAAGUCAAUUUUGACUAUCUCAUAGAAAAGAUAGUCAAAAUUGACACUUAACCAAAAUCGCACACAGUCAGUAUCGCAAGCACAGUCAUUUAUGUGCUUGCGGUGCCGACCUAGCCCCUAUCGCACAGUGAGAAUCAGGGUUAGCCCGAAUCUCACAGUGUGUAUGCACCUUAAGUUUUCCAUGCGAUCCUGUCUGUUUAUUAAUGCGAGAGAUCUGUAGAGAACAGUUUUGCUGCAGGAAAUCUACCUGUAUAAUGGGGUACGAAAAAUGGUGAAUAGUGACCGAUACACAGCAUUACAGCCCUGUAAAGGGCAUCUAAACUUGUUGUAGACCUUGUAGUUGACCUUAUAAAGGUAUUAUAGUUCCAAUGAUUAUAUAUACAGACGGGUUCUCCGCUUCUGUGUGCCAGGUGAUCUUUCUUUACAUGUAACGAUGCAUAAUUAAUAGGGAGCCUUAUAGACAGGACUUCAGAAUACAUGGUAUGUAGUGUAAUAGAUAUAUAAUUCUAAGAGGCAAAUAUAAUAGAUGAGUCACUGAUUACACUGAAACUUGCAUAUCUCCAGAACAGUCUGUGGAAUCCAGUAACGACGAUGGCCAGGCCAUGUUUUCAGGGAUUUGUGACCUGCAGAAAUCCAGGUCAGAAAUGACCUGAAAUAUUCUCACAGGAAUCUGCAAAACAUGUCCUGUAGGGACACAUCGGGAGAGGGGUGAGAAAUCGGUGCAGUAGAUUAGGGAUUCUGGAUCCGGUCCUUGAGGCCUCACACAGCCGGAGCACAGGUGCGGUAAGUAAUGCCCCAGCAGUCUGUUAUAUCCACUUGUGCUCCUGGGAGAAGGUCCGCUAACUAAACACUGUUAGACAAGGCAGGAGGAUGGGAAUAUAUCUGAUAUCUGUUCGAAUGCUAUUAGGUUUACAAUUUAUUUGUCCAUUAUAUUAAUUGCUGCUCCUGCAUAUUCAGUGAUUUAAUUUGUGAAAGCUUAACCCAGAGCGUUUGUUCCACAAGGCGGCUGAAAAGUGGUUUUGAAUUCAUUUGGUUCAAAUAUAGAAUAUAAUCUCACUCCUACCUCAGCUAUUUUAACUUUAUUCCGUAUCACUUCCACAUUAGUCCUAUUGAUUUAAUGCAUUAAAGCAUCUCAACAUUUUCAUUUCCUCCAUAAGACUGGCUUGCAUACAGUACAUUUUUAUUCAGGUGCAGGAUAUCUAGAUAAUUUCUAAAGAGCCAGGGUGUGGUUGACUAUUUCCAACCCUAGGGAAUAGUUGCCUUUCUUGAGUUGAGUGCAGCCCUUGUAGAACAUAGUCAAGACUUUCUACUGUUUUGCACUUCAAAACACACACUGUGUAUGGGCACAUUGGGAGAGUCUCUGUGUUUCACAAAGCCGACAAAAUUGCUGCAUACACUAUGCAGCCAUUUUGUUGGCUCUGUGAGGGGACAUUAGGAACCAGCAUUAUCCCAGAGGCAGUAAGCACUUGCCUAUAUCACCUUCUUGCAUUAAUGAUGAUGCUGGUUCCUAGUGAAUAUAUAGGAUGACCAUAAAAUGCAUUGGUUUGACACACAUAAUUGCAACCUCCACAGUAUGAAGUUGAUGAGGCCAUUUUAAAAACCCAGAUAUAUGAACUAUGCACAACCAUAACUAGGGAUGUUCCAAUGCAUAGACUACAGCGUGUAAAGUCUUAUCACUGUUUAUUUAAACCUGUUCAUUCCCUCUGUGUACUUGAAGUUCCUUUUUAGUACUAGAAUUCUUAUAGUGUACCAGCAAUGGAGGCAGCCAUUUUGUAGGCUGAAUACUGAAUCCAGCUGUCGAUUCACUUUUGGCUAGUGACAUCUCUAGCCAAAAUGAUGUCACUAGUUCCUAGCAAAUACAUAGACUAACCUACAAUAUGGCUGCUUCCAGUGUAGUGCCACAAGUGCAGUUUAACUCCUGAAUUAUACCAAGAAAUAGACUUUAUCAAGGGGAAACUAUUAACGCGUCUGAUGUCAAGUAUUUUAAUGUUGUAAUUUAUUUUUUACUAUUCCUACACUCCACAACUAACUAUAUAUAUAUCUAUAUAUAUAUAUAUAUAUAUAUAUAUAUAUAUCUAUAUAUAUAUAUAUAUAUAUAUAUAUAUAUAUAAAGUCAGGGCACCUUGUAAUAACUAUUUCUACAUCAUUCCUUUUACACUUUAGUCGUUAAGCAUUUUACCUCAUGAUGCCUUUACCACAUGGGUCAUAACACACAGCAACUAAUCACAUAACUACAUUUAUAGCAAAUGUGAUUGGCGGCUGAAGCUUACAGGUUAUUUGAGCCAAGAUACUAAUAAACCAUCCUGUCUUUGCUAUUUUGUUCACUACUUGUCAGCAACAGAGUCUAAUCUUUUCACUGCCAAAACAUCAUGUAUGGAUUGUGUUGCUUUAUAGGAAUAUUAAUAGAUUUAUCUUUGAUGUACCUGCUGCUUCCACAUAAUGAAGGCGGCCAUUUUGUAGACGUGAACAUGAAUGGAGUCAUGGAAAUGCAGCCAAUCACUUCUCUAGAAACCAGCGAAUCCCCAUACGUCCUGCUCACUGAUAUCACUAGUGAAUCAAUAGUCUGCGUUUCCACAGCUAUUGGUUUCCCUGACAAAAUGGCUGCCUCCUUUAUGUGUAGACAGGUUUUCUCAUGUAUGCUGGGAAAUACUGUACGGUGACUCCUUUUACAGGAAACCUGUUUACCUGUGAAUAUCUUAGUUAAAAGCAGCAAUAGUAAUUAAUUUGGGCAGUGGCAUCUCUAAGCCCCCCAGAUGUUGCCCAAUUGCAGAGGACCUUUGGUUGCCAUGGCUGUCUGCUUCUGUUUUAGAGCAUCGACAGCGUUUAUUGGCUAGACUACUGAAUACUGCCGUAGCGUCUGAUGUUUAACUUAUUGACAUUUAAUAUGGUACGUGUGUUUUAAUAUGGUACGUAUGCCACUACGGCAAUCCUUUAUAUGCCUUUAGCCUCUAGGCAAUACCAUAUUUUGUUAAUAAUAGUCCAAAAUGGAUACAUACCAUUGCACAAAUUGCUUAACAUAUAAAACAGGCUUAGGUGACCUGUGGAUCUGCAGAUGUUGUUAAAAUCCAAGUUCCAGGGCCUGCUGUGAAUUGUAGUUCAGCAACAUAAUAAGAACCACAGGAGACCUGCCUGUGAAUAUAGAAUAUGUGGGAGAGACAUUCCCAUAGACCACUGUAAUAUAAUUGUAUUUUGAAACCUAGAGGUUUUAAAAGCGUCAGAGUUUACAUUUCAUACUUAAAUAUUUUAGCAUUUAUUUAUUAGGGACGGUGUUGAAUAUUGCACUCACCGGAAAGAGUCGUUUGUUUUUUUCCUGAAGAAAUCCUCUUGUAAUACAUUUGGUCAAAUUUAAGGGAAUUAUUUUAACGAAGCAUGUGUUUGUUGCCUCUUUCAAGUUUAUACCUUUAAAGUAUUUAUGUUUCAUUGUAAAAGCUGCAGUUCUGCUUUCUUGGCUACGUUUUACCGUUUGAGAGCCAGAGGGGAAAAUGAGUUUGGCAUCUCCGGCAGCCAUUUUGAUGGAGACCACAUAACGAGACUGUUGCACGUUGUGGCACAUUAUUCAGAGACUGUUCUUGGAAAUGGAUAGAAGUAUUAAGCAUUAUGUAGUGUGGUUGAUCAUCUGCAAUGUAUUCUCCAGCCAGAUGUCAACUGGGCAUCGUGUGUAACUUGUAAGCGUAUGUGAUUGUCAAACAGGAAAUGCACCUUAAGUAAACAGCCCUGUCUGCAGUACUGCAACUUGUAGAGCCCCUAUCUGUCCAAUUGACAUAUCAGACAUUUUAUUGCCUAUUCUGUGGUGUACGAAUUUCAUGUUGUUUUGGUUGGGAAUAAAAGUUUAUUAAAUCUA